GCUAACACACAGUUCUUGAUGAGCUUCACAAGUAGCUACUUUGACUUCGACGAUUAUGAAACCCCUGUAAAGACUAGCUUUGACACAAGGUAUACUUAUGGCCUAAACUCAGGUGUUCUUAAGAUUAAGAACUUCUACAUCCUAAAAGCUGAGGUUAACGAUGUCAAUUCUUUCUUCCAAUUUGGGUAGAGUGACCAAAUGGAAUUCUUCCGUGUUGGAGAAGUCCUUUCAGACUUUAAGAUGACAAGCUAUUCACAUGAUGAAUUGCUAAUUAUUAACAUCAACCAUGAUACCAAGAUUCUACAAUACGAAAGAACCGUUUUCUCAUUCUUCGAUGCUAUCAGCAACAUUGGAGGAGUCUUUGGCUUACUUCUCCAAGUAGGAGUAAUUCUCACAGGUAGCUUUAGUGAGAUUUAUUUCCUGACAUCGGUAUUCUCUUAUCUCUAUACCACAUGCCAAGGAACUUUGGUAAAGAAUAAUGUCAGAAAGGUUCAAUCAAGGUUAAUGCAUCAUAAUAAGUCAAUGAGCAUUUCAGAAUUAAAGGAGACAGAAAAACCUUUUUAGCCCUGAUCCAAAAAAGCCUGAGAGCGGAAAACCCAAACUUGCGAGCAGCUUAUCAAAUACUUGAGAACAGCACCUUAAAGGUAUUAGAAGAGCAAAGUUCAGCAGUUGCGAUUACUGAAAGACAUUAAUACCCUUCUUUCCUAGUAAAUCAAAACUAGGGUUUGAAGAGUUGAGUGACAAGUUAAGCCAAGAGUUAGAUGUAGUGGAGAUCAUCCAUUCAAUCAGAGCCAUCAAGGUCAUUAUGAAACUCUUGCUGAAAGUGCACCAGCAAAGACUGGUGAGUUAUAGUACCCAGGUGCAGGAUCAAUUGACCCAGAUAUUUUCAGAAAAGUUUAGUAAGUAAGGAAUAAUAUAUUAAGACAAAAUACCUGGUCGGAACCAGAAAUUUCCAAUAGAAGCAGAGAAAAGUGUUAAUUCUUUGAUAGAUACCCUCAAGCCGAUUGAUGUAGAAGAUGCUAAUCGAGAUAGUAAGGUUUUUGUAUAAAUGACAGUUACCAGCAUUCUUGGCUUACAGGUCCAGGAACCAGUAGUCGAAGAACCAUUGGCCAGAAGAGAAACAAGGCGAUUUGGUACGCAUUUACCAGAACAAGCUUCAAGAAUCGACUUCCUCGAAGAGGAGCAAAAGGAGAAUGACAAAAAAUAUGAAGAAAAAGAUUGGGAUUUUACUUAAUUAUUCAAACUGAA